AAUCUCAUUACUAUCGUGCAAGCACUCUCUAAAUCAAGCGCUUUAGCUUGGCACUUUAGUAUAUAAUCAAGUGCCUUUAGUAGUUUUAAUAAUUUAUAUUCAUUACAAAUCUGAAUGAGUACUUAGUAACAUGGUGAACACGGGAGAUGUUUAUAUUGUAUCCGCUGCGCGCACAGCCAUUGGUAGCUUCAAUGGAUCACUUUCUAAAUUGAAAGCUUCCGAGCUUGGUAGUAUAGUUAUUAAAGAAGUAUUGAAGCGAAGCAAAAUAAAAAAUAGUGAUGUGGACGAAAUUAUUAUUGGUCAAAGCCUUACAGCUGGUCAGGGCCAAAACCCCGCAAGGCAAGCGGCGCUGCAAGCAGGACUUCCCAUUACUGUUCCCGCAUACAAUAUAAAUAUGCUUUGUGGUUCUGGUUUGAAAACUGUGGCCUUAGGUUACCAAUCUAUACGCGCUGGAGAUUCUAAAAUUGUAAUUUGUGGCGGCCAAGAGAGCAUGUCUAUGGCACCACACGUUAUUCAUUUACGAAAUGGUAUCAAAAUGGGUGCUGGUACAAUGUUAGAUACAAUGUUACAUGAUGGUCUAACCGAUGCUAUGCAUAACAUUCAUAUGGGUGUUACAGCCGAAAACUUAGUAAAACAGUAUAAUCUUACGCGGAGUGAACAAGAUGAAUAUGCAGUUCGUUCACAAAACUUAGCUGAAAAUGCUCAGAAAAAUGGUUUCUUCGAAAAGGAAAUAGUACCUGUUGAAAUGAAAACGCGUACUGGAACACAAAUUUUUGAUAAGGAUGAGUAUAUUAAAACUGGUACCACAAUGGAAUUAUUGAAAAAAUUAAAGCCUGGUAUCGGAGUUAUUCAUAAUUUGUGUUCAAAAAGUAGCGUUUUACAACAAGUGCAGCCGCUGCAAGUAAGUUUUGCAUGCUAG